AUGGCAGGCAAGCUGUGGUUGAUGUCGAGACAAAGCAGCGAAAACAUCUCCCCACUGCACCGGCAAGCGGUUAAGCGCCGGACGAUCGUCGUCACGGAAGAGCCGAAGCUCCACUUAGUCUGGUACCACGACCGAAUCUUCGUCAAGCCGCUCCCGCGCUACCUCGGAGACUACGGCUUCUGGCACGAUCACAUCUGCGCCAAAGACGGCACGGACGAGCGAGCCCUCCGGGUCCAGCGCGCGGCGCUGGGGUUCAUCCGGACGUACUAUCAUCUGAUCCGCUCCGAGACCGACUUUCGCAUCGCCAAGGACCCGAGCCUGGCCCUGAUACCAGAGCAUGUGACGUGGGAGGACUUCUGCGCCUUCACAGGGAGUCUGAAUACCAUCGAGGACCGUGAGGUCUCGGAGCGGUACCAGUACGGCGAAAUCCGCCUCACGCGCCUUAACAUGUACGCGCCAUUUCUGCUCGGCAAGUCGCACUUUCAGCGGGUGGAGUACCAAUACGGACCGUACUUUGCGCGGCUCUUUGUCCCCAUUCUGUUCGUCAUGGGUGUUUUGUCGGUGAUCUUGAGCGGCAUGCAGGUUAUCUUCACAGCGAGCGAGGGGGGCGCCGCGGUGAGGAGCCGGCGAUGGGCGGAUGCCGCGGUCGGAUUCAGCGUGGCAUCGAUUGUCGUGGCGUGUGGGCUUCUCAUUGUGCUCGGGGUGGCUGUUGUGUACAAGAUAUGUAUGGAGUGGCAGGUUGCGAUUCGAGAUCGCCGACGGCUGACGAAGCAGAGAAACAAGGAGAAACAGGGUCAGGCGCCUGGGAGGGGAAACGCCUAA